AGGAAGCAAAGGCAGCCCUUGUGUCUCAAGCCACACAGGUCAACAAUCAUGGCUGCACACCCCUACUCACCUGCACAAAGGCUUAUGCAGAGUUUGAGCCCCGUGGAAUGAAGGACGAUGCAAUAAGGAAGGCCUAUGAACAUGGAAGAACUAUGAUGCAGAUGCUGAUAGAACUGUGUGGAAGUGACAUUAAUGCACAGGUGCAAAGUGAGAAGUACAAGAAGGAGAAUGAGUUUGCUACUGCAGUGCACUUCAUGGUGAAAGCCAAUGAUCCUCUUGCCAAGAUUGAUGGAGAUUGGUCCGAGGCUCCAGGGCUGCAGACAUUGCUGAAGUACAAACCUAAGCUGGAUGUUGUUGACAAGAAGGGGCGGUCACCUCUGGUGAGAGCCAUCCUACAGAAGAAAACAAAGUGUAUAGAACUGUUGGUGGACUCUGGUGCAGAUAUCAACAUGAGAGCCUGUGAUUUGAAAGAGGAUGGCAUGGCCUACCCCAUACUGCUGGCCACAAGGCAGAAACUACAGGGUGUGGUCGCCAUGUUGGCCAAAAAGGGAGCCAAUGUCAACAGCAUAGAUGAGAGGGACAAGAGAACUGCCUUGCAUGUUGCUGUAUCUGGAUCCACAAUUACGGAGGUGGAAUUUGCUCUUCUGGACACACUGCUUGAUGCUGGAGCCAAUGUAGAUGCAGUGGACAAUAAACAGAGGACCCCUCUACACAUUGCAGUCAAUGCCAAUAGUGGGAGUACAGAUUCCACUGCUGAGGUUGAAGAGAAACUGCUGGAAAAAGGAGCUAAACCAGACACGAGGGACAUCAGGGGACGGAUACCUCUGCAUUAUGCUUUUGUGAAGAUCAAAGACCACCAGAACAAAACAGCAAUCGACCCCAUUGAGGUGACAACGACCUUAACAGUUGCCAUGAAUGGGCAGGGAAUUGAUACAGCUGAUGAGUUUGGGCAGACCCCUCUGCACAGGGCUGCCUUCAGGGGAGCCACUAUCUGCUGUCUGCACCUGGUAGAGAAAGGUGCUAACAUAGACAAGAAAGACUUGGAAGGCAACAGUCCUCUCAGUUUGGCUGUCAAGGGAGGACACAUCAGCUGUGCAAUCAUGCUGAUUCAGAAGGGUGCAGACAUCAUCAGCCAUGUGGUGACAGUACCACCACAACCUCCGGCACCAGAGAAAAACCCAACAUGGGUGUGGAAGCCACUGAUAAAGCAGCCUCCAAAGGUUGAGAAGGACUCACUGUUCUGUGCUGUAGUAGAGCGAGGCUGGCAGGGUGUGACGUACAUCAUGCUGGACAGGCUACAAGCCUGCAAGCUUCCUUUCUUUGUGGCCAUUGAGGGUGCUCUCCAUGCCAUGAAGUACCGUCUGGUGCUGACCCUAAUGAAGAAGGUGAGAGAAGACGUCAAGCUCCAGACAACCAACACCAAACAGCAGAACCUCCUCCAUGUGCUGUCUCUCAAUGCACCUGGAGAUGAUGCCACAGACCUACCUGCUAAGGUUGGAGAGGUGCUGCUCCAGAGAGGUGUGGCAUUGCGAGCCCAAGAUGAAAAUGGCUGCACCCCUCUCACAUAUGCAGCCGUGUCACAGAAUGUGUCACUCUGCAAGCUGUUCCUGGAGAAGAAACCAGAGAUUGCCAAAGUUCUAUUGUCAAUGUCCGACAAGAAGGGACGUACCCCGCUGGCUGCACUGCUGUGGGAGAAUGUCCUGCUGGACAGAACACUGGAGAUUCUCAAGCUGUUCUUGGACUGUGGUGCCUCCCUGAACAUCCUGGCUGACUUCCCACGAGUGAACUACCUGUCUAUCCAGCACCAGACGGCAGAGGGCACCGUGGAGGAGUACUACAAUGGGAACAUGGCAACUGUCAAGACCACACCACUCAUGCGAGUCAUUAAUGUCCAUGCUAUCAAGGCUGAACGACUGAUGCUGCGAAGUGAAGCCGAUGUCAACCUCAAAGAUGCAGAGGGGAGAACAGCCAUCAUGCAUGCUGUCAGAGAGAAUGACAUCAACUUUGUAAGGCUUUUAUUGGAUCCCAACUAUGUUGAGGAACCAGCCAAACCUCCUGGACUGAAGAAGACUCAGUCUAAUGCCUCUGCACGUGGUGGUACUCAACGUAGGCCACUGGCCUUUGGGCUUCAGCAACAGGAUGAAGAUGAAGAUGGAGAAGAGGAUAUGGAUGAGGAUGAUGUUGAUGAAGACAUGGAGGAUGAUAUAGAGGAUGGGAUGGAUAAUGAGGAGGAGAUGGACAUGGAUGAAGAUGAAGGAGAGGAGGAGGAGGACAAUGUGGAUGAUGAGGACUAUGUCCCUAGUGGUACUGAGAACAGUGAAGAGUCUCAGGAGUCACAAGAACAGCCACCUUUAAGGAAAGGAGGAAGAGCAAUACACAAGGCAGCAGGAGGACUUGCACCUGCAAAGGAGCUGGUCAUGAACAUGACUGAGACAAUGCUGAUCACUAAACCAGCUGACAAUUACAUCAAACCAGACCUUGGAGCCAUGGACAACAAGGGGUGGACUGUUGUGCACCACCUUGUACAGCCAAUGGAAUAUGGCAGCUAUGAAAAUGUGGAAAUUCUUGAGCUGUUGCACAAGGAAGGAGCACCUUUGGAUGUCAAAGACAAGGCAGGCAAAACACCUCUGGAUUAUGCACAAGGACUUGGCUACAUGAAACUGGUAGAGACCCUUCACAAACUCCUGGGAAUGACAGGGACAUUGACUUCUCCACCUAAGACUACAGACUGGGAUGACGGCAUGACGUGGGCCGGUCCUCCUCCUGACUUCAGACAGGAUGCUGAGGCCGUGCUGACGCAUGUUGAGGAGCAGGAACGGGAGAGGCGUCAGAAGGAAGGGCAGGACUUGGUGGCACUGGUGGACCAUCAUGCUGAUGUGAAGGCAGGGACUGGGGAAGUUUUGGUUGACCCAGAACUCAACUUGCCAUAUGACAUGCUGGGAACCAAGGUGGAUGUGCAGUAUGGCAAAUAUGGCAUGAACAACUUCUACAAAAUGCAGGUGAUUCACCAGAAGGGGAAGGACAUGUACAUCCUGCUGAACCGCUGGGGUCGGGUCGGGGACUCAGGCCAGUUCCAGCGCACGCCUUUCCUCAAGCCUGAAGAUGCCGUCAAGGAGUUCUGCAAAAUCUUUAAAGCCAAGACUGGGAAUGACUGGAAGGAUGUGAAGAAUUUCCAGAAGCAGCCUAAGAAGUACCACCUGGUACCUCUGGCAGAGCAGGCCCACUGUAGGAAGGAGGCAGCUACAUUUCCCAUCAACCUCAGCAACCAGGCACUGCCUUCCAAGUUACAGGGCAAGGUCAAGGGCUUCAUGGAGGAACUGACCAACCUGCACACCUUCAGUGACAGUAUGAGGGUUACUGGAGUGGAUCAGUCCAUGAUGCCAUUUGGUCGCCUGAGGAAGGAAGCUAUGGAAGAGGGAAUGAAACUUCUGGCAGAAAUCAAUACUGUGGUGGAGAAGGCAGAGGAGCAGCAGAAGGAAUCCUUCCCAGAUGUUGAAAAGUACCAGGAGGACAUGGAGAAGGUUGCAGAGCUGAGUAACAAGUACUACCAGCUCAUCCCUCCAGGCAAUUACUCCCAUGAGAGGAUGGGAGCCCUGGUUGAUCAGCGUGCCAUCAAGAAGGAAUUUGAGAAGCUGUCCAGCCUAAUGGACCUGGAGGUGGCCAGUAAGGUGCUUGUGGGUGCCCAUCACAAGAGGGAAGAGGUGAAUGCACUAGACUAUGUCUACAGAGCCAUUGGAUGCCAGAUCCAGUUGGUGGACCAGGAGAGUGAUGAGGCCCAGUAUAUCCUCAGAUACAUCCACAACUCAGACAAUAAAGCAAAUGUGAAGGCCAUCUUCAGACUAGCUCGUCCAGGGGAGACGGAGCGGCUGUCCAACUGUGGAGUGGGGAACAGUCAGCUGCUGUUCCAUGGCAGCAGUCCCACCAACAUCAUCAGCAUCCUGCACAAGGGCCUGCUGGUGGCCCCGCCUGAAGCGCCUGCAUCAGGAUACGCAUAUGGCAAGGGCAUCUACUUUGCUGAUCAAUUUGCCAAGAGCAAAAGCUACUGUUACAACUUUGGGUCAUCAAGCAAAACUAAAUUCAUGUUACUGUGUGAGGUUGCCCUUGGAAACUCGAAAGGCCUGAACAACCCCAUGUACAUGGAGGCACCUCUUGAGGGUUUCCAUUCCACCAAAGGUUUGGGCAGGAGGGAGCCACUUCCAACAGGGAACAUCACAGUCCAACAAGGUGUGACCAUUCCUUUGGGUGAGAUUGUUGACGCCCCACCAACUGAUGAAAGUCAGGGUUACCGGUGGCAGUACCUUUAUCACCAUGAGUACAUCGUGUAUGACCCUGCCCAAGUUCGACUCAGAUACCUUGUCCAGUUUGAGGACUAGAAGUACCUGUUCUGUAUGGAAGUGGCAGGAAAAAAAUCUUUAGAAUAUAUAGUUACUGUACUAGUCUCGUGAUCUAGGCAGAAACAGAUUUGGUGCAUGAAUGAGCCUUUUUAAUAGCAGGCAGAAGAGUAAUGCUCACAUAAUAACAAAAACAUUUUGGGAAAAUUAGAACAUCAGUUACAGAUGUCCAGGAGAAACGUGUAUCCAUGUCUAUUAAGAAUUGGUACAUGUAGUUAAUCCCAGGCACUGUUUGCUGCAGUCUCCACUAGUAUCCUGUAUAUUUGCAUUUUAGACAGAAUUACAGAUGCAAAACUUUAUCAAGGAUUUACAUUUUUAGAUGGUAAUUGUUAGUGUGUCAAGCCUGAUUUAGAUUUUAGAUACUUUCAGAUUGGCCUGAUAAAAUUACUUAGUGGCCUAGAAGUACAGUAGCCCCACAAAGGCCUGGCAUUGGAAAAUUUUAUGUAACAACAGACUGCUUUAAGAUAUUUUGCUGAUAAAUCAGUCACAUGAAGUGAAUGUGGUGUGAAUCACAGUAAUGUUGAGGAGUGCAUACUGAUUUUAUGAACUAGUCACUUUUGGGAAUUUGUAGAACAGUAUAUACAUGAGAAUGUAUUUGUAAUUGAAAAUACAAAUGUAGUACCAGUAAUUGUGAAAAUGUAACUGUUCAUUGCUAACUGUACCUGAAAGUAUGAAGAAAGAUAGGAUUACAGCUCUGUUCAAGUCAGUACUGUCAUAUUACAAUGGUCAACACAUUUGGCCUAGUUUUGUAAUCUUAUGAUUACACUGGCCUAGCAAGUAGCAGGAUAUGAUAGUGAAGAUUUUGAAUAGCAUUUUUUCAUUACUAGACUCAGGUGCUUUUUGUAAGUUUGAUACCCAUACUUUUUUUUACAUAAUUUUGAAAUUUUCCCAUUCUUCACUUAAGCAUUAGCUCAUGCUUUAUUGCACUAACAAUAUCAUAAUGAAAUCAGACAUAACUUUCCUGUAAUUACAACAGUCCUGCAUUCUAAGAAAUAUCCUGGAAGUAUAUGUUUUGUUCAGAACUUCAGAUACAUUUAUAUGUGCAUCAAUGGGAUAAGACCAAGUCAAGUAAUGUGAAAUGUUGCUUUUAGGGCAAGGCUAUGAACAAACCCAUUAUAUUGCAAGCACUGCAUCAUGUAUGCUGUCAGUGCUUAUGCUGCUCAGGGCAGUCUCAAAGACUAAAAAAGCCUGAGACAAUGUACAUGGAAUAUCUUGUCCCUAUACAUUGUACAAUCUUACGUUUUUGCUACUUUAAUUGAUACUAGUGCCAUUCCUGCCAUCUUCAUGAAAUAGCUUGCAACUUACUGGUGUAGCUGGUGUAACCCAAUAUUGUAGAACCACUUUGUUAUACAUGUAAUUAGGUGUGCUGUUUACAAUGCAUCUUGAAAGUCAUCAAUUUUUUGCAAAGAUGUGGUUUCCUUGGAAGUGAAGAAUGGUACUCAGAUCUAGAGGUGAAGUGUAUGAACAACCCAUAAAUUUCAGAGCCCAUUCUUGUGUUACAGCAUGUUCUGGUACAUGUAUGCACAGCACUUGCCCAGAUCUUUUCUUACAAAGCAGGUGUUGUCUGUACAGGUGACUUGUGAGUGGCAGUUUUUGCCACCUGCUUGUCUUUAGUGUUGGUGUGUAAUGCAGCUUGCAUUUCUAAAUCAUGAUGCCAAAAAUGAGUGUCCACAAGCAGGGGAGAGCGCGGCCUUGCCUUGCCACUGGAUAGGGUUGCCUGGAGAUGCCGAGUAAAGACCAGUACUACUAGCCGAUCUACUGCAGACCCCUGUGGCAGGGACACCAGCAGCAGAAUAAUCAAAUCCUGGAUAGUGAGUGACAAAUUCUUGUCAGCUUUUAUGUGACACUGUCUGGUUUCAGCUGAAGUGAAACAUGUACUUACCAACAACUCAGUGUAUAAUUCCUGUGUACCAGAGAUCUUGGAGUACCACAAGACAACAUUGAUAGAUGAAAUACCCAAUCUGAGUUUGAUGACCAGUGACCACUACCUGGAUGUAAAAAUGUGUUUAAAUUGCCACUGGUAACAACUGUAUUAACUUGGUAAACCUUAGUCAUCUAUAUAAAGAGGACUGUCAUCAUAUUGAUCAAAUUUGUUACAGUAGAUCUAACAGCAGACCAAUAAAUUGCACUGGAACUGCAA